GCGCCAAACCUCGUGUGAGUUCCGUCUGCGCACUGCACUGGGAGCCGGCCAUGUUUUCGGCUGAAGUUGAAAAGCGGUCGAAGGAGCAUGAAAACCAGAGACAGGAAAGCGAACGGUUAGCUUUGAGAAAGAAGGACGUCAGAAGAAAUGUACACAAGUAUGACCGUCGAGGAGGUGGGAGGACAAAGGCCAGCGGAGGAGGACGAGGACUAAAGAGAAUACGGCAACAGAAAGAGAAGCAUGCGGAGCUGGCAGCUCGGACGUCAGCCCGCAUGGAGCUGCUCCUGAAUGAAGAUGCAGGGUGUGUGGAGGCUGAGGGAGCUGAGAGAACGUUCCGUUACCGGCAGUCAGAGAUGGCAGCUGCAGUGCCUGUGGCUGCUGCACAGAACUACUUUGACUUGCAAUUGGAGCAACUUGGUCCAUACUCCCUCUCCUACUCUCGGAAUGGCAGGAACUUGCUAAUUGGGGGAGCCAAGGGUCAUAUAGCCACAAUGGACUGGCGGGAAAAACGUCUGGUAACAGAGUUCAAUGUGAGAGAGGCAGUCAGAGAUGUGCAGUUCCUGCACAAUGAGAUGUUGUUUGCAGUGGCUCAGAAGAGAAGUGUGUACAUCUAUGACCACACAGGCAUGGAGCUGCACUGCCUCAAGAGACACAGUCACGUCAACAGACUCACUUUCCUCCCCUACCACUUUCUCCUGGUGACAGCGGAUGAUCACGGAACCCUGCGCUACCUGGACACCUCCACAGGCCAGUCUGUGGCUGAGAUCAGAACUAGACUUGGAGCUCUCAAGUGUGUGGCUCAGAACCCUCGCAAUGCGGUGGUCCAGCUAGGGCACUUUAAUGGGAGUGUGUCUCUGUGGAGUCCCAGUGUGUCGUCUCCUCUGGCCAAGAUCCAGUGUCAUCGAGGCCCCCUCACCUCUCUGGCAGUAGAUACGCCUGGUCACUACCUCCUCACUGCUGCCAUGGACUCCACAGUCAAGGUGUGGGAUAUGAGGACAUACCAACCACUCCACACAUACAAGAUGCCAAGACCUGCAAUUAGUAUGGACAUUAGUGGGCGUGGCCUACUAGCAGUCGGGCGAGGUCGGCAAGUGUCAAUCUGGAGAGAUGUCUUCUCCCAGAAGCAGUUGUCUCCAUAUCUCACUCAUGGGUCUGUCUCACUACACCCUGUGUGUCUGUGAUGUAUGUACGAAUCUAUCCAGAGUAAAGGGAGAGAUUUGCUCUCUUCAGUUUUGUCCGUUUGAAGACUGUCUGGGAAUUGGACAUGCUCUGGGGUUCUCCAGCAUGCUGACACCAGGUUCUGGCGAACCCAACUUUGAUGCUCUGGAGGCUAAUCCGUUUCAGACGAAGCGGCAGCGACAGGAAGCUGAGGUGAAGCAGCUGCUGGAAAAGAUUCCACCAGAGUUGAUCCAGAUAGAGUCAGACAGCAUAGCUAGACUGAGGAAGACAAGUGGAGUGGAGGAGGAGGAAGUUGGGGAGGAGGGAGGGAGUAGGGAGAGAAGGGGGACUAGGGUUGGCGGAAAGACACUGGCUCUCAAACGACAGAAGAGCAGAGAGCAUUUUGCAAGAGCCAAGAGGAGGACGGCUGUUCACAAGGAGUUAGAGAACCAGAAGAGAAGCCAGACUGGUGACAAGUCAGACUGCAGUGAUGAGGCUGGCGCUCAGAAGAAUAUCAUUCUUGCUAGGUUCAGAAAAUGACAAACUCAGACCAAACAUGUGAUUGAAUAACUGCACUCUGUAUUGGAUAUGAAAGUGAUUUGAAGCUAAAGUUCAAGGGCCACGUGCAAUGUCCACUCUGUUGGAGAACUGAGUGUUCUCAGUGCCUCCAAUGACCAUAAACUCCUCCGCUGACAGAGGGAAGCAGCAGCAGUUGUGUUUAGCCACGGGAAGCUCAGCGACACGGAGCCACUCGCAGGUGCCUGGCAGGUAGAGGUGGAUGUCUUUCUUCCUGCCCCCAUGUCUGUCCUUGCCUCCGACCGCCAGCAGACAGCCACGGAAUAUGACCGCUCCACAGCAGGCGAGGGGAGGAGGGGGGAGCAUGGCCCACCUGGUGCUCUCUCCUCCCUCCAGCUCCAGGAUUAGCUGGUGCAGGGAGAUGGCGAAGGUAUGUGCUGGCUGCCUGAGCCCAGUCUCCCAGCCCAUGAGGUACCAGGUGUCAAUUUCAGGUCGAGUGGCGUCCUGGAGAGGGGCGUUUUGGAUGAGUCCCUCAAUGGGGGCAGGGAGUGGGGCCACUGUUGACCACUGCACCGUAUGUGUGUUCAGCACCUCCACAACAGUCAGGUUCUCCUCUCCGUUUGAGCCCCCAGCCACCACCAGGUAGCUCUUGUAGCCUACAGCGGCUGCAUCGCUGCGAGGGGUUGGCAUUGGUCGAAACGUGGGUCUCCAGUAGCGCCCCCUCUGGUCCCACUGGACCAGGUUAUUGCUGUAUGUGUCCGACGCCAGGUUGUACCCUCCGACAAGCACCAGCAUUCGGUUGUCUCCAAGCACGGCCAUUGCGAAGAGGGAGAGGUUGUAUUUUCCAAGAGUAUUCCACACUCUGCGGUCUGGUCGGUAGAACAUCACCUGUUGCUGACUGUCCACAUCUGCGUGGCC